CAUUUCUAACUUUCAGAUCUCAGCAGAUGCAGAUGGCUGAAUCCAACUGUCUCUCCCCUGAUUGGGACCUACCAGCUGGGGAAGCUUUUCUUCAAACUGUCUUUGGCAUUAUCAUGGAUGAGGCUAUACGAAAAGGAACUGACGCUUCUGAGAAGGUUUGUGAGUGGAAGGAGCCAGAGGAGCUGAAAAAGUUGCUCGAUUUGGAGUUGCGGAGCCACGGAGAGAAGCAGGAACAGAUCCUUGAUCGGUGUCGGACCAUCAUCCAGUAUAGUGUGAAGACCUGUCAUCCUCGCUUCUUCAACCAGCUCUUCUCAGGGCUGGACCCUCAUGCUUUGGCUGGCCGGAUCAUCACGGAGAGCCUCAACACCAGUCAGUACACUUAUGAAAUUGCUCCUGUGUUUGUCCUCAUGGAGGAAGAGGUGCUGAAGAAACUCCGGGCCCUGGUGGGCUGGAGCAGCGGGGAUGGGGUCUUCUGCCCGGGCGGCUCCAUUUCCAACAUGUAUGCACUGAACUUGGCCCGGUAUCAGCGGUAUCCUGACUGCAAACAAAGGGGACUUCGGGCCCUGCCACCCUUGGCUAUCUUUACAACGCAGGAGAGUCACUACUCUAUUCAGAAAGGAGCUGCUUUCUUGGGCAUGGGCACAGACAGCAUCCGACUGGUGAAGGCCGAUGACAGGGGAAGGAUGAUCCCAGAGGACUUGGAAAAACAAAUUAAUCAAGCUGAGGCAGAGGGUGCAGUCCCACUCCUUGUCAGUGCCACCUCAGGUACCACCGUGCUGGGGGCCUUUGACCCCCUGGAGGCUAUUGCUGAUGUGUGCCAGCAACAUGGGCUGUGGCUGCAUGUGGAUGCAGCCUGGGGUGGAAGUGUCCUGCUCUCUCAGACACACCGGCACCUCCUGGAUGGCAUUAAGAGGGCUGACUCAGUAUCCUGGAAUCCCCACAAGCUGCUGGCAACUGGACUGCAGUGCUCAGCUCUCCUCCUGCGGGAUACUUCGAACUUGCUAAAGCACUGUCAUGGAGCCCAGGCCACCUACCUGUUUCAGCAAGACAAGUUCUAUGAUGUGUCUCUGGACACAGGGGACAAGGUUGUGCAGUGUGGCCGCCGUGUGGAUUGCCUAAAGCUGUGGCUCAUGUGGAAGGCUCUUGGGGGAUCCGGCUUGGAGCAACGAGUGGACUGGGCUUUCACCCUCACCCGGUACCUCGUAGAAAAGAUGAAGCUGCGGAAGGGCUUUGAACUGGUCAUGGAGCCAGAAUUUGUAAAUGUAUGUUUCUGGUACGUGCCCCCCAGCCUUCGUGGACAAAAAGACAGUGCUGAUUAUUGCAUGAAACUGGCCAAGGUGGCGCCGUUGCUGAAAGAACGCAUGGUCAAAAAGGGCUCCAUGAUGGUGGGCUACCAGCCCCACAGAACCUGGCCCAACUUUUUCCGUCUGAUUGUGGCUAACCCAGCCCUGAGCAUGGCCGACCUAGACUUCUUCUUGGAUGAGCUAGAGCUGUUAGGGCAGGACUUAUAACUUCCCUAGGCUGACUAAUGAGCUACAAUUCUUAUAAAUGCAAAGUAUUCUUUACAUUCUCUUUCUACUUGUUUGCCCUGACGUUAAUUGGUGAUGAUGAGAGGGGUAGAAGAAGAGAAGGGAGUCAAUUAGUCAAUCACCAAGCAUUUAUUAAGUGCCUAGUGUGUUCUAGGCACUGUAUGGAGUGCUGGGAACACAAACACACCAAGUGAAACCAUCCCUACUCUCGAGGAACAUCCCUUCAUAUGGAAAAGAUAGUAACCACAUGCAUUAAGUGUAUACAGAAAAAAUAUAUAAAGAUAAAAACAGAGUAGUUAAAUACCAGUUAGAUUAGGAGGGAGGGCACUAGUAGUUAGGGGGAUCAGGAAAGGCUUCAUGUAGAUGUAGUGCUUGGGCUGAGUCUUGAAGGAGCCAGGAGAGUCUAGAAGCAGGGGAGGAGGAAGUGCGUUCCAGGCAUGAGCGAUGCUCAGGAGAAGGAGUGUUGGGGCCAGAUCUCAGAGCUAGGACCAGGCCGUGAGGAGCUUUAUGUCUUGUCAGGAGGCCGUAGGAAGCCAUUGGAGUUUGGUAGGGGAGUGACAGUCAGAUGGGUGCUGGAGGAAGAUCACUUUGGCAGCUGUUUGGAGCAUGGACAUUUGUGAGUAGAAAGAAGAGAUGAGAUGCAAGGGAUGAUACACAACAGGUUUUGGCAACUAGUUGGAUUUGUGAAUAGCAGGAGAGUGAGGAGCCGUAUUAACCGGUAUAACUCUAAGGUUACAAACCUAAGAGAUCAGGAGGAUUUGGUCAGAAAUAGGAAAGUUUGGAAAAGAAAUGGAUUUUGGAGGUGAAUUGGAUGUGUUGAGUUGAGGCAAUUCCGGGACAUCAGGUUCAAAUGUCCAGUGAGGACUACUAGGCAUCAUACAUAAGUACAUUGAUCCUCGGCAUGGGAGCAGAGGAGUUCAGCCAGAGAAAGAAGGGAACAAGGCAAGUGUGUGCCCACAUCAUAUGGCUGCUGAGCCAGGAAAGGAGAUGGAGAAGUAACAGGGGAGAGAAAUGUCACCAAAUCCUGGAGAGGAGGAGAGGUUGGUCAGUAGUGUCCUAUGCUUCAAAGGGGUGGGGAAGGUUGAAAGCUGAGAAAAGAUCAUCAGGCUUGGCAAAUAAGAGGUCAUUGGUAACUUUGGAGAGAGCGAUUUCACUUAGGAUGAGGAAUUAAUGAGAGGAGAGGAAGGGGAGGCAAUGUGGGUAAGACAUUUGGCCAAGAAAGGUAGGUGAGAUAGAGGGUGGUUACUGGAGGACAUGGUAGCAUCUAGGGAAGUUUUGUGUUUUUUUUUGUUUUUUUUUGUUUUUUUUUUAAGGAUGAUAGAGAUCUGGAUAUGUUUGAAGGGAGGAAAUGAGGUUUGUGAGCUGGUUAAGAUUGCAAAUCUGUUGGAGAAUAUGGGAGAGAGGAUGGGAUCAAAGAUAACAUAUAGAGGGUUGGUUUUGGCAAGGACAGUUGUUAGAGAGACUAGGAAAAAAAGAUGAGAGAGUAGGGAGUGAUGUCAAGUAGGUUUUGAGAUGAAGAUGAGUGAAAAUGAGAGAACCCAGAUAAAAUGGCCUUAAUUUUCUGAGUAAAGUAAGAGGCCCUCAGAUGAAAUUUUUGAGGGAAUGUGAUAAUGGGGAGGCUUAAAGAAAGGGGAGAAGAAUUGGAAUAGCUUCUGUGGGGAGGAAGAGAAAGAGACACACAGUUAGAGGAAUAAAAGGAUUGCUUUGCUGUAAAGAGGACCCACUUGAAGUUGAAUAACAUGAAUUUAUGAUGUACCUAGUCAGAAAAGUAGCAUCACCUCCUCUAGCUUUUAUUCUGCAACUGUUUGUUAAGUGGUAGGGAUGGAUGGUAAUGAACAAAAGGGAUUGAAAGUAGUAAGCUACAUUGCUUUGGGAUAGAAGUAUAUAGGAAGGGUUUCCAACUAAGCCUGGAGCAUUUUUCAUAAGAUUAUUCUGCUUGAUAGAAAAAAUGAUUUCUUCCUGUGUGAGGGGUAGAGUUGGUGCAGAAAGUUUUGAAGAGAGGCAUUCUUCACUUCCUUCUUUUAAAGAUGACAAUCAUGGUUCUAGACUCUUUUAGGGACCAAUUCUAGACAGGAAAAAUAACAAGGUUUUCUUGUAGACAUAUAGGGAAAGCUGGCUUCUCAAUAUAUUCCUGAUUCUGAGUCUCCUUUCUUAGAGACGUUGGGGAAUUUUUUCUUGGUUUAGGUUGAGGGUUGGUUUAAGCAAGAUCUCACCUCACUUCUGUCUAAAGAGCAAGAUUGCCUACCUAAUUCACUUGUGUAUUUCCUGAUAUAUUCUAAUCUAUAGAAUUUCUCUAAUCUCUGUUGUCUGUUUAUAUAAAAAAAUUUACUCUUCA